CGCGCACACGCCGGGGCCGCGCGAGCGCGGGGAGGAGGGAGGGGGGGAGGGGCCGCGCGCGUGCGCGGGCGGUCGGACCGCCAGGCCGGCGGGGGGCGCCACAGCGCGCGGCGCGGGGUGAGAGGUCGGGACGAUGGCGGCGGCCUUGGGCGAGGAGGCGCCGGACAACGAGGACUACUACGGGCUGCUCAACGUGCGCCGCGAGGCGUCCCAGGAGGAGCUGAAGGCCGCGUACCGCCGGCUGUGCAUGCUGUACCACCCCGACAAGCACCGCGACCCCGAGCUCAAAACCCAGGCUGAGCGGCUCUUCAACCUUGUCCACCAAGCGUACGAAGUGCUUAGUGAUCCACAGACCAGAGCCAUCUAUGACAUAUAUGGGAGGAGAGGACUGGAGAUGGAAGGCUGGGAGGUUGUGGAACGAAAGAGAACUGCAGCUGAAAUCAGGGAAGAAUUUGAGCGUUUGCAGAGAGAGAGGGAAGAGAGAAGACUGCAGCAACGAACUAAUCCAAAGGGAACAAUUAGUGUGGGAAUAGAUGCCACUGACCUGUUUGAUCGCUAUGAUGAAGAAUAUGAAGAUGUGCCUGGGAGCAGCUUUCCCCAGAUUGAGAUAAACAAAAUGCACAUAUCCCAAUCCAUUGAGGCACCCCUGACUUCCACAGAUACAGCAAUACUGUCUGGUAACCUUUCCACCCAGAAUGGGAAUGGAGGGGGUUCAAUUAAUCUUGCACUGAGACGAGUGACAUCUGCCAAAGGAUGGGGAGAGUUGGAGUUUGGAGCUGGAGACCUUCAUGGACCUCUCUUUGGGCUGAAGAUAUUUCGUAAUCUUACACCAAGAUGUUUCAUCACCACAAACUGUGCCCUGCAGUUCUCAUCCCGCGGGGUCCGCCCUGGCCUCACUACGGUCCUGGCCCGCAACCUGGACAAGAAUACCAUGGGCUACUUGCAGUGGAGGUGGGGCAUCCAGUCAGCCAUGAACACCAGUAUUGUCCGGGACACCAAAACCAGCCACUUCACUGUGGCAAUGCAGCUGGGAAUCCCCCAUUCUUUCAUGAUGGUCAGUUAUCAGCAUAAGUUUCAGGAUGAGGAUCAAACACGAGUGAAAGGUUCUCUCAAGGCAGGUUUCUUUGGGACCAUAGUGGAGUAUGGAGCAGAGAGGAAGAUUUCCCGACACAGUGUUUUAGGAGCCACUGUCAGCGUUGGUGUUCCUCAAGGAGUGUCCUUGAAAAUCAAGCUGAAUAGGGCCAGCCAGACCUACUUCUUCCCUGUCCAUCUAACAGAUCAGCUUCUUCCCAGCGCCGUGUUCUAUGCCACUGUGGGACCUCUUGUUAUCUACUUUGCCAUGCACAGGCUGGUCAUCAAACCCUACCUCAGGGCACAGAAGGAGAGAGAGCUGGAGAAGCAGCGGGAGAGCACAGCCAGUGACAUCCUACAGAAGAAGCAGGAGGCUGAAGCUGCAGUCCGGUUAAUGCAGGAGUCAGUCCGAAGAAUAAUUGAAGCAGAGGAAGCCAGAAUGGGUCUGAUUGUAGUGAACGCCUGGUAUGGGAAGUUUGUUAAUGACAACAGCAGGAAGAAUGAGAAGGUGAAGGUUAUAGACGUGACUGUGCCUCUGCAGUGCUUGGUGAAGGAUUCUAAACUCAUCCUUACAGAGGCCUCCAAGGCUGGGCUUCCAGGCUUCUACGAUCCGUGUGUGGGUGAGGAGAAGAGUCUGAAAGUGCUUUAUCAGUUCCGAGGAGUUCUGCACCAAGUGAUGUCAGCUGACAAUGAGGCCCUUAGGAUACCAAAGCAAUCUCACAGGAUUGAUGCCGAUGGCUAAUCCGGGGAACACACAUCUCUCACAGUACCUGGGUCAACGGAAAGUGCAAAACCUCCCCCGGACGCUGCGAGUUUGAGCAGAGACACUUUUAUUUUUACUGUCUGUGUAGCAGGUGGUGUCCUGCCAGUUCUGUUAGGGACAAAAGGACAGACCCUGCUGCUCCAGGCGGCUCCCAGGCAAUAUCUGAGUUGUGGCUUGGUACCCAAUAAAGCAGCGUGACUCUGAGUGCACAGUGCUUUCUGCCAGGGGCUGAGUGGGCCCGUCCGUGCACUCACACCUCUCUCCUGGCACUCAGCAGGGACAAAGACCUGUUGUUCUCACCUCACCUCGUGCUUCCUGGGGUAGGUAACACACCUUCUUCUCGUGAGGGGAAUUUCAGUUCUCUUGACACCUCCUGGAGGUCCCCUGUGCAAAUACUUUUGGAGAGAGGUCAGUGAUUGUUUCAAUCUCAAAUUUGUGUUUGAAAUGCACUCGUUAAGAAAAGUACGUGCUUAAGUAUGAAUGAAUCUGCCUUUUGAAAUAACAUGGACCUCUUCAGUAUCAGUCUGUCCAGCUGCUCAUUUCCAACACUGCUCUUCCAGACAAGAACACGGUGUAUCCUAGGUUUAUUAAUUCCUCUGCCACCCAUAGCCAUGUAUUGUCAAGGAUUUCCAGAAAAGAGGAAAGUAAGUGAGGGAGAAGGACAGCAAUUAAUUUCAUUUGAUUCUGAUGCUGCAACUGUCUCUUCACAUCUAAUUUAUUUCUAGCAAAAAUAAAUGUAGUUCAUGAAGUAAAUCAUACCAAAGUGAGGAGAGAGGCCAAAUGGACAAAGAGAUGAAAAUGUAAACACUUGUCUGCCCUUUCUGAAAAGUAGCCAUUACAGUAUAGUUCCAUUGGCUUUAUCUUGCUUAGAAGCCUUGCCAGGGAUCUCCAGCAGAAGGGCAGUCCUGGGCUGGUGACACAGCAGCUGGAAACAGCACCUUGUAGAAUCUGCUACACACUGGGUACAUCAGCACAUCUGAGGCUUUUGCAGAGAAACAAGGAAUCGGUGUGGCUGUUCUUGGUCAUAGUUUUGCUCUGGCUAAGUCCAGACCAGCCUUUAUGGAUGAUGGGUGAGAGCAGAGGGGAAAACACCAAUGUCUUGGCAGUACAGAGUUGCUUUGGACAGCUCCUGCCAUAACUCCUUUCUUGACAUGGACCUGGCCCCUGUUCUGGGCAGCUGUGGUUCUCUUUGCUCAGGUCACUGCAAUGAGAUGAGAUUUCCAAAAGAAACGCUUUUCCCUGUAAAAAACAAGUUCGUAUUAUGAAGGGGUGUUCAUUUGUUUUUAUUAAAACCAAAACUUCUCAGUUGUGACCAGUUCCUGGUGCAGGGCUUUAUUUCACUCACGGCAAACAUUCUGUCGAUCUGAAAUUAAAUGUAAAAUGUGCAAUAAAUUAUAUUCAGCUGAAAAGCAGCUCCCAUUCCCUUUGCAUCUGUAGGAAGUUCCUGAGAUGAAACCCCUGGAAGGCAAGGGUUGCAGGUUUUGUAAACCUAACAGCACUCCCCAUCCCAUCCAGCUUAUUGACCUCUGCUGGGUGGGACUGCAGAAAUCUAAAUCUCCAGUUCCUUUUUGUCACUGUGUGAGGUGUAUGGUCAGAAGCGAGGAGCCAACCUGUACAGACUGGCACAAGAGCAUCCCUGAGAGCCAGACACUCGGGUCAGUCUCCCCAGUCCUCUCCUCCUUUCUUCGUUGUUUUCUGUCAGUGCUAAAUUUUGCCAAAACUGUAAGAACAGCCCCACUGCAGAACAACAGCCACCACCACCUUAUUCUUGCUGUGAGCAGCUACUAUUUUACAGCCACAACUCCCCUGGGACUUCUUUUUAUGACUCCCUAUAAUUCAAA